AUGACCAAGAAGCGCAAACCCGCGCCACCGGUGGUGGAUCCUGCGAUGGCGCCCUGGCUCCAGCGCUUUACGCUUCUCGACAGCAGCUACUGCUUCCUCGCCAACAAGAAGGCGCUGACGUCGCUCAAGAACGUGCUCAAUCUCGCCGCCCACCUCUCGGGGUCGUCCACGACGCUGCUCGAGAGCCACGUACGGCAAAUGGCCUCCAUUGGCGUCGUUCACGUCGUUACCAAGGCAUCGGACAAGGUGAUCGCCCAAGAUGAGUUUAACCCAACCGAACCCCCCGAGACGGUUGAGAUGGUCGAGUUCAAGGACGUACCCCACGCGAGCAAACGCGGGAGCACCAAACGCCUUGAACUGUUUACGGCAGCGCUCGCCGCCUUUGACGUGGCAAUGAACCCUGUGCCCGAGUACACGCCACCCCCGAAGCGUGUCAAAGCAGUUCCGACCUGGGCCCAUGAGGCGGCGACCGCAGAGACCGUGGAUGCGUGGAUCCAGGCACUGGUCACGAGCUCGUUCUACUCGGGCCAGCUCGUGCACGUCGAGCGGCUCCCGGCGCGUGCGGCGGCAUACGGUCCCACGCCACUGGCUCAGAUGCCAUUGGCGCCGUCGCUCGUUGCGUCGCUGCACAUUGAGAAGCUGUACGCCCACCAGGCCACCGGCAUUGACGCGCUCUUGAACGGACACCACGUGGCGAUCUCGACGUCGACGUCGAGCGGCAAGUCGAUGGUUUACAACAUCCCGGUCGCCAACAGUCUGUUGACCGAGGCGGUUUCCACCCACUUGUACCUCUUCCCGACCAAAGCGCUCGCGCAAGACCAGAUGCAGUCCCUCCGGUCGUUUCUCGUGCGCUGUGGCCUCCCGCCGUCCAUUUGUGCCACCUACGACGGUGACACGACGCACCCGGAACGCACGGCGAUUCGCAAGUCGGCGCGUGUCUUCUUGACCAACCCAGACAUGCUGCACGUCACGAUCCUUCCCCAGCACAAGACGUGGGCUUCAAUCCUCACAAGCCUUCGGUACAUUGUGAUCGACGAAAGCCACAUGUACCGCGGCCUCUUUGGCUCGCACGUGGCGUGGACUCUACGACGCCUUCGGCGGCUCUGUGCGCUGUACGGCAGCCGGCCCCAAGUCGUGUGCUGUUCGGCGUCGAUCCACAACCCCGAAGAGCAUUUCCGCUUUCUCGUGCCGCCCAUAAACAGCGAGAUGCCGGCUCGACCGCUCACGCUCGUGCCGCAUUCCGCCGACGGAUCGCCGAGUGGACCCAAAGCUUUUCUCAUCUGGAACCCGCUCGCCCACGACGACAGCGCACCCGACGCGUCCAACAGCGCCAUCUUUCAAGCCGGCCAGAUCCUCUCGGUCCUCGUGCAGAAGGGAGUGCAUACGAUUGCAUUUUGCCGCGGCCGCAAGCUGACCGAGCUCGUCCUGGACUAUACGCAUACGCAGCUGCGCAAGGCCAAGCAGUUUGCAUUGGUACAGCGCGUCAAGGCGUACCGCGGUGGCUACACGGCCGACGACAGGCGUGCGAUCGAAGCCAACCUCUUUCGAGGCGACCUCCUCGGCGUCGUUGCCACGAAUGCGCUUGAGCUUGGCAUUGACAUUGGGAAUCUCGAAUGCACCUUGCACAUUGGCUUUCCGUCGUCGGUCUCGUCCUUGUGGCAGCAGGCCGGUCGCGCCGGGCGCAGCGGCAAGGACUCGCUCGCGGUGCUUCUUGGCUUUAGCUCGCCGCUGGACCAAUACUACCUCAAGACCAAGAAGCGUUGCGCGACGCUGUUUACAAAGGACUUUGAGUCGGCUGUGCUCGAUCCGCUCAACCUCCACGUCAUGGCCGCGCAUCUCCAGUGCGCGAGCUUGGAAAUGCACUUGUUCUCAACCAAGUGCGGUACCGAGACCAUUGAUCGAUCGGUGUUUCCGCCCGAAGCCGACGCGGUGCUCGCCUCGCUCGUCGCCCGUGGUCGACUGCAGCGCCGCGACCAGUUUGGCUAUCAAGUGCCGGCACUCCUUGCCGACGACGUCCGCACAACGACCAAGAACAUUCGUCAAAUGGGCGGUGACGACUACAGCGUGGUCGAAGGCGAGAAGGUGCUCGACACGCAUCCGUCCGAUAAGGUCUUCUUCACACUCUACCCGGGAGCCGUGUACCUCUUCCAAGGCCGCGAAUACAUCGUCACCAAGGUCGACACGGAGGCCAAGCUCGCGUUCGUCGUACGCUCAAACAAGCGACUCACUUACUACACGGCCGCGCGGGACUUUACCGAUGUCAACGUCUCGCUGCCGUUCCCGCGCUCAGACCCGCCGUACCACCCAAGCGUGCACUUGGGGCGCGUCUCGGCCGCAACGCACGUCGUGGGCUGUCAUCGCAUUGAGAAGCGGACGCAAAUGAAGACGGGGCUCGUCGAGUUUUCGCUGCCGCCAAUGGAUGCGACGGGCCACGGCGUCUGGGUCGAUGUGCCCGAAGCUCUUCUAUCGCAGCUGCCGCGCGAGACACACCGACAUGCGGUCCAUGGGGUCAACCACCUCGUCCUCGCUGUGAUCCCGCUCUUCGUGCUCAUCGACCCCAGUGACGUGCACACGGAGCACGCCAACUUCAACGAGACCCGCGCGCGGCCGACGCGCGUGAUCUUGUACGAGUCGCACGACGGCGGUGUCGGGAUCGUGUCGCGGAUUGCGCGCUGCCUCCCUGAGAUCCUUGCGUGUGCCAAGGAGAUCCUGGACGGGUGUGCGUGCGAGAAGGGGUGUCCGUCGUGCAUUCAGUCGGCGACGUGCUCCGAGUACAAUGGCGCGCUGGACAAAGCUUCGUCCAAGCUCAUGCUCGACUUCCUUCAUUCGAUGCUCUCAGCGCACGACUCGCCAAAGUAA